AUGUUCAUAUUCAAUGGUUUCCAUAUACAUUUACGAUCAUUCUUGUUAUUGUUUGUAUAUUUAACUUGGAUCCAUUCAAUUGUUUAUGGUCUAGUACCAGUAAAUGAUAAUAAGAAUGAGACAGUUACAACGACGACGACAACAACAACAACAACAACAACACAUUCCAAUUCUACUCAUGAAAAUAUUUCAAAUACAUCAACUAUAACAAAUAGUACUUCAAGUAGACAUAGUGCAAUUCAAGCAGCAUCAUUUACAAUGACUGAUUCAUCAUAUUAUGAUUAUAAACCAAAUUCAAUGAAUCAUAAUGAAGGAUAUAAAACAAAAUCAAAUGAACAUUAUGAUAAACAUAAAGUUAAUUAUGAACAAUAUUUUAAAAAUUAUGAUCAAUAUUAUCAUCGCAAACAUAAACAUCAUCAUCAUCAUCAUCAUCAUCAUCAUCAUCAUCAUCAUCAUCAUCGUGAUCAUGAUCGCCAUGAUCAUGAUCAUAAUGAUCAUGAUCAUGAUCAUUCUCAUGAACAUUCUUCUAAAGAAGAUAAUAAUCCAAAGACAAUAUCAUCUGAAUGGAUCUAUGAUAAAUUAAAAGAAUAUUUAACUUGUAUCUAUGAGAAACAAAUUAAUUGUGAAGAUCAAUUUGUUACAGAAUUACAAUUGAAAUUAUUAAAAAUGCAAUCAAAUAAACAAAAAAAUGAUGAACAUUAUGAAUCAAUUUCAUCUGAAAAUAUGAAACAAAUUCCAAUCAUAUCCGUUGAAAUUGAUAAAACAUCAUUAGAAACAAAACAUGAAGAUGAUCAUACACAUCCGGAACAUCAACAUAAAGUAGAACAUAAAGAAAUUAGAAAAGAUUCAUCUACUAUAUAUCAAACAAAGAAUAAUCAAUUUGAAAUAAGUAGACAUAAAGAAAUAGAACAAACAGAGAAAUUUUAUUCACAUGAAUCUUAUCAAAGUUUAGAUAAUGAUAAAUAUUCAAGUUAUUAUCAUAAUGAUCAUAAUGAACAUCAUCAUCCUAAUCCUCGACAUCAUCAGAAUCAGCAUCAACAUCCUCCUCCACUUGAUCAUCAUCGUCAUAAAGAUCAUCAUGAUCGUGAUCAUCAUCAUCAGCAUCAUCAUCGUUCAUCUUCAUAUUAUAAAGAUGGAUGGCUGGAAAAACUAGAUAAAAUGUUACCAAGCUUGGAUGAUGAUGAUGAUGAUGACGAGCAUCGUCAUAAACACAAAGAUAAACAUCCACAUCGUCAUCCAAUGUAUCGAAAGUAUUCAAACAAAUAUUAA